UCUAGUCGGCCCUCCGGGAUUUCCUUCCGCCGCUUGGAGGGUGUGAGAGAAAACCCACUGCCGUUUCAUCGAAAUAAGGGAGAAAACCCUAGCUAUAAACCCUAGGCCUCUCUUCUCUCACCCAAUCGCGCUCUCGUUGCAAUCGAAAUCAGACGGCGUGGGAUGGGUGCAAAGGCGAAGAAGGCUUUGAAAAAGAAGCUGAGGAAGAAUUCUUCUCAGCUAUCCAUCUCUGGGCGCGCCAAUGAAUCUUCUGACUUCUUGCCUUUAGAAGGCGGUCCGGGGAGGAAAAUUUCUGAGCCAGAAGAACCCGUGAAAGAAACUGGGACGGUGUUAUAUAUUGGUCACAUACCUCAUGGAUUCUACGAGGAGCAAAUGGAAGGUACUUAUAUUUUGCGCUGCAGGGAAACAAGCAAGAAAACCGAGAUCUUUUUGAAUGGGAUAUUGACAGUUGUUAUCCUUUCAGGAUUCUUUCAGCAAUUUGGGAAAAUCAAGAGAUUAAGGAUUGCACGCAACAGGAAGACAGGAAAAUCAAGACACUAUGGAUUUCUUGAAUUUGAAAACCCCGAGGUGGCCAAGGUUGUGGCUGAUGAGAUGAACAAUUACCUACUAUUUGAGCACAAUCUCCAACUCAGUCUUAUUCCACCAGAGCGUGUUCAUCCAAAACUGUGGAAAGGAGUAAACCGAAUAUUCAAACCAUUGGAUUGGAAAGCAAUUGCACGGAAACGGCAUAACAAGGAAAGAACCAUGGAAGAACACCAGCGGAUGGUGCAUGGAAUUUUAAAACGAGAUGAGAAGCGGCGUAAGCGGAUAAAGGCUGCUGGUAUUGAUUAUGAAUGCCCAGAUUUUGUUGGUGUCGUUCAACCAGCACCGAAGAGGAUCAAGUUUGAUGAAGAAGAGAACUAGAAAAGGCUUGCCUGCAUCAUCUUAUCUAGGGGGAUGUGGUCUUGCUCUCUUACUGUUGGUUUCUCCCGCCCGGAAGAUGGAAGUGUCUCAAAGAUAUGAGCCCGAGUCUGCCCCUUUUUCCUAAUCAUUUUAAAUGGGUGAGAGCUGUUCCUGGUGACUGAUGAUUAGGAUAUUCUACCUAAGUAUCAAGUUAGAGUUUUUGAAAAUUUAUAACACAUUCGUGGUUGCAUUGUUCCUCCAAACACCUGCCUCAUUUGAUUGGAGCAUGAUGGUUGAUCCGUACUAGUUUAUUACACCUAUUACAAGCAUCUGUUCUAAUCUCGAGGACGAGAGUGAUAUUGUUGUUUCAUUACCCCAACCCCUGUUUUUCUAUAUUUUAUUUUGCUCAAAAAGGUCAA